AUGCCCUCAGAAAAAGGGGAUUCCUCUCACCUGGCUCUGCCUGGAAUAAAGGAAGACCGGACCAUGGGGCGAGCAUCGGAAUCUCUGAUUACUCUGGUUCCGCGUAAGAUUCUGCACUUGAUGAAACUGCCCUGGUCCCGCAAGCGCUACCCUCCUGGACCCCUUCGACUUCCCAUCGUCGGAGGCAUGUGGCGGUUUGGGGUCAUGCUCUCCCUGGAUACUUUCAUGAAGGUACUUCUUUCAAAAUACUUCUUCAGCUGAAAAACAGGAAGAGCGAAAAGGCAUUGCAAAUUACCGGUAUUUCCUUUAUUUGAGAACUGUGGAUAACGAUUCACCUGUGAAAUCUACGGCUUGAGCGUCUUGGCAGAUUUUUCUGCCUGCUGUGGCAAUUGCAAUGUGAUGUGUUAGGUGCUGCAUUGUUUAAAUUGUUUUUGUUGCUAUUGCUUCUUUCAUUUCUUACAUAUUGAAUUUUAAUGUAAUUCCAUAAGAUUAAAAUUGUAAUGCAAAAAAAUGCACAGUGUAAGAAAUAAAAGAAGGAAUACAAAUACAAUAAGAAAUCAAAAUGAAUAUUCAAAUCCACAGACAUGCUGUGGAGCAUAUUAAUGCAGCUUGUGGUGGUCAUGGAUUAUAUCUGGGAACGCUUGAUCUAUGGGCCUUUUAAGAAUUUAUGUGCAGAAGAAAUCCUUGAAACAAUAUAUUUUUGGUAUUCUCUCCAACAAAACUACUGAUCAUAUUAAAGGUUAGUGUGUAUCCUAUCAGAAAUAUAGUUACGCAGUUCUCAAUCCAAUUAGUUUUUCAGGGUUUUUUCCAGUAAUUCCAGCCAAUUAGUCAAGAAUUCUCUUCUGCUUGGUCACAUUGCCAAUGAAAAUUAUUUUUCUUUUUUUAUAAAAAUUAACCGAUUGUGAAAUAACUGGGUGAAUGGCCAUAUUCAUUAUCUCAUAUAAAAGUUUGUGAUAUUCUACCCAUCGAUGGAUGUGGAAACAAAUAAAGAGACCUCAGUGGAACAAAUACCAACCUCUUGCCUUUGAGAGACCUGACUCUUUGGGAGUAGGUGAGAUUCUUGUGGUUGAAGGGAAGCCUGUCUGAGCAGGUACAAAAACGUUAUUUAAGGCCAUGUGCUAACUGCAGAAAUACCUUUUAUCAUCUUAAUUUGAUAUGUCACCUUCUUAGAAAGCUACUGUCUCAAGGCAGAGAUCUAUAGUGUUCUGUCCUCAAGGAGUGACAACCAUAAUGUGCUUUACGUGAGACUGCUGUUAGACUGGUGACUGGCAAUGGCCGCCGACACCAUAUAACACCGGUCCUGAAAGAUCUUCAUUGGCUCCCAGUACGUUUCCAAGCGCAUUUCAAAGUGUUGGUGCUGACCUUUAAAGCCCUAAACAGCCCUGUAUCCCUGAAGGAGCGUCUCCACCCCCAUCAUCCAGCCUGGACACUGAGGUCCAGCACCAAGGGCCUUCUGGCGGUUCCCUCACUGUGAGAAGUGAGGUUACAGGGAACCAGGCAGAGGGCCUUCUCGGUAGUGGCACCCACCCUGUGGAACGCACUCCCGGCAGAUGUCAAGGCAAUAAACAACUAUUUUACUUUUCAGAAGACAACUGAAGGCGGCCCUGUUUAGGGAAGUUUUUAAUGUCUGAUGCUGUAUUGUUUUUAAUAUUCGGUUGGAAGCUGCCCAGAGUGGCUGGGGAAACUCAGCCAGAUGGGCGGGGUAUAAAUAAUAAAUUAUUAUUAUUAUUAUUAUUAUUAUUAUUAUUAUUAUUAUUAUUGCUUCAAAAGCUUCAGCUAACACUGCAGCACAUCCCCCCCCCCAAGUAUGGCUUCUUAUAUAUCCAAAAAUGGCACCACCCAUGAACCGGACAGUGGUUCUGCAGGCUCAAGGAAAUCCUUGGGUUUGCAGAAGUGCCCAAAAAACCCUUUAGAAAAUGCAUUAGGCUGUGUGGAGGACACACCCCAAAAUGUCACAUUGAGGGCUGAGAAGUUUUUUUGGGACACAGCCUGCUGGUGGGAGGAGGUGGAAGACCAGUUAGGAGGUGGAAUGUUAUGAAGCACCCUGAUAGUGGUCCUGGCUGACUGGCUAGAGCCCUGAAUUGCGAGUGACACUUGCCCAGCCCAGACGGCUUACACUGCAAAACUGAAACCACAAAAGAGUCAAAAGAAACACAACCUGCAGCCGGCAUAGUAGAUCAUGUUCUGUCCAUUCCCAGUAACAUCCAGCUGGGUGGCCUUACAUUAUAAGUUCUAAGACUUCCCUGGGCUGCAGCAUUCAUCUCUCUCACACACCUUACGGCUCCAAUGUUUCCUGAGAGAUGAUUCAAAUCAAAAUGCCCCUACGAGCCAGUACUUGACGCUUCCAAAAUAUCCUGAAUAUAACUAAUCUCUUCUCUCUCUUUUUUUAUCUGAAUGGCAGUUGGCAAAGCAAUAUGGGAACAUUUGCACGGUAUGGAUUGGGCCUAUACCUGCAGUCAUACUGUCCGGCUACAAAGCAGUUAAGGAAGGCCUAAUCAACCAUUCGGAUGAUUUUGCUGACCGCCCAGAAACUCCUUUCCUUAAAAGUUCUGCAAAAAAUAGGGGUAAGUUCUUGGUUUGAGUAGGAGGUUUUCUCUUAGCCUUUUCUCCAGUGAAGGAAACAAAGGACCCUUCCAUAUGGGAUGUACCUUUUCCCCAUGGGCGUCUUCUUCUGCAACAUGUCAUUGAUGCAAGAGUAGUGGUGGAUUUAUACUGGACAAUCCACACCGCUUUAUUAGUUGUUCUGCUUUCCCAGUGUUGCUGCAUUAUCCAAUCAAAGCUGGACAACCCUCCGCUGGACAUUUGCGGAAUGGAAAGUUACAGGAUUUCAUUAGGAAGUAACAGGACAUGCACUGAUGGGAAAGGGAGCAGCUUGGGCCCCUCUAAACAUCCUUUCUUUGUGCAUUCAAUGAUGGUUUGCGCUCUUGAUGCUUUUGGAGUGGCCACAAAGAAGCUCUUCUUUCAGUGUUGUUUGUACCUGCAAAGUUUUGGGGCAGUGACUCACUCCCAGUCUGUACAUAUCAAUUAAAGAGCCGCAGUUCCAUAUUGGAACUGGUACUGCAGUGUAAUAAAAGAAGAAGCUAGAAGUACUAGCAUUGUAACCAGUAAAACUAAUGUAAAGAAUUCUUUUAACAGUAGUUUUCGCAUGUGCUAAUUUUCUCUGAUUCUUGAUGGCCCCAGGUAUUCUGCCAAGCUUAGGACCCCACUGGGCAUGCUGAUACCUCCCUGCUGUUGGCCUCAUUUUGGCUCCAAUCCUGUUGGUACUCAGUGCUUGAGUUUCGUAAUAGAGGGAGUGAUGAUGAAGGUCUUGUUUCUCAUAUGCAUUUUCUGAAACAUUCACUGGUGUCCCACAUCAGAGAUAUAACACUCCACAAUGAAAAAAUUGAUUCUGCACCAGUCUUCCUGUCCUUGGGUUCUUUAAUGCCUAGGCAUGGACUACACUGGUGUCUUCUAGGCUGCUGAUGUAAUAGCUUUUAUAUGAAUUUUGUAAGCAAUAAUUUCUCACUGGUCUGUGAUGGUUUUAGGUAUUGUACUUUCAAACGGUCACACCUGGAAGCAGCAGAGACGGUUCAGUGUGGUUACUAUGCGGAAGCUGGGGCUGGGGAAGAAAGGCAUGGAGCACCAAAUAGAAGAGGAGGCCAUUGAGCUUGUGGAGAUCUUUGCACGUGCAAAGGGUAUGUGAUAGAAGAAAAUGAAGCUAACUCAGGCUGGUUUGUUAUCCACCUCUGCCUGAGACAAUCUGCGGGUUGGGGCAACUUCCUGGGACUCACAGCAGAAGAGUGGUUCAGUUUUGGAAGCUGAGAGAGAAGAGUCCACUGGCAUCCUGUAAACUGGGUAGGGAUUGCUUGGGAAUACACAUAUUUAGCAGCCGCAGUGCACAGAGUCAGUGCCUAGUUUGCAUCCUGCUGGUGUAAAAAAAAAAAAAAAAGGGAGAUGAUGGAUUGCAGAGGUGACAGGACUUGCUGUUGUUUGAGACCAUUACAUUGUCUGUGAAUUGUGCAAUUGUCUCACCCUGAUUUUAUUAAAUAGGCAAAGUGUGUUGAACUGUUUUUUAAACUAAGGAACUUUCUUAAUGGUUUAUAAUGACAAUGGCCAGGGAAGGCUGCAAUUAGCACAGUAAAUUCAAAAUGUUUAAUUGAGUGUUAAUUUAGUUUCUAAUGAAAGGAAGUUGAAAUUAAUGAACAGGGUUGGGCUUGGGUCACUAUACAAUAUAUUCUCAGGCUCUGGCAAUAAUUUGCAGUUGACAGCAACUAAUUAGAGUGAUGCAUACAAUGAACUUUCGGCUGGAUCCAGGAGUGACUUGUAUGAGCAGAAAGGCGCUUGUACUUGAGCUUGGUGCUCUCAUUCCCAGAUUCUGCAGAUUCUCCCUGCUGCUGCAACCUGGCCGUGCUCCAUCACUCACCAUUAAGGAGAGUUCCCUGAUCCUGAAGAGCAAAUUGUUGAGAAAGCAAGAAAUGCACUGGAGUGUGUGUGUGUGGAGUGAACUGGCAGUAAAUCACACAGUUCAAUUUGGAGUUAGCUCUUUAUUAGCAAAAACAUGAUCUGCAUGGACUUGACGGAGUGUCAGGUUUAAUGAGCACAGCCACACAUCCCCGGCAGAUCUUGUCUGCAUGGAGCAGUUCCUGAGACUGAAGGUCCCUGCGUUCCCACUGCUGCCUAAGUCCCCUCCUCUCCAGGGUUUUCCCCCAAGCAAUUGGAGACUAUGCCUACAUGCAGCCAAUCUCUCCUCUGCCCUUUUCAUGCCUCUUCUGGUUCUGGGAGAGCAGGGGGAAGGGGCAGACACCAGUGACUCUUCACCAGCCUGACUCAUCUCUGUCUCUUGGCCUCUUUCUUCCCACCCUCCUGCUUCAGCUUCUGCCUCUGAUUCUGGACUUCUCUGUGCCACAGACCCUACCAGCUCACUAAGCCCAGUUAUUUCCUCAUUCUUCUGUCCCAUUCUUCUGUAAAAUGGAUGCCUAAUUGAUUCCAAUUUGGAAACAAACAAACAAACAAACAAACAAACAAACAAACAAGAACAUAUAUUGGAAUAACAAUGGAGAUAAGGAGCAAGAAAGACUGAUUUUGAAAAGCUGUUAACCAAUCACAAUUUCUCCUUUUGCAUAGCAAAAGAAUAAUAAGUGUGUUUGUGUAUGUGUGUAUGUAUGUGUGUGUAUAUGUAGAUAUGUGUGUGUGUGUGUGUGUGUGUGUGUGUGUGUGUGUGUAUAUAUAUAUAUAUAUAGUAUUUUUUGCACCAUAACACUCACUUUUUUCCUCCUAGAAAGUAAGGGGAAAUGUCUGUGCGUGCUAUGGAGGGAAUGCCUACGGGUGGCAUGCCUACGGAUUUUCCUCCUCUAAAAACUACAUGCGUGUUAUGGUCGGGUGCAUAUUAUAGAGUGAAAAAUACGGGUAUAUAUGAGCAUUGGAUCUCAUUAGGAUUUCAUCUGCAGGGCAGCCAUUUGACCCAUCCUUACACAUCAUCAAUUCAGUCUGCAACGUGAUAUGUGCCGUGUCCUUUGGAUACCGAUUUUCUGUUGAAGAUAAAGAAUUCCUGAGGCUGAUGGAAGCCAUUCGGAUUAGCUUACAGUUUGGAGGCAGCUUCUUUCAUGGCGUGAGUAGGUUGAAGCUUAGGCUUGGUGGUGGGCGGGUGGAGGAGAGCAUGAGAUGGGAGGCCCAUGAACUGUGGUUGCCUACAGUAGACAUCAAUUUAAACUGGGAUAGCCAGCAAAGUCAACUCCAGAUGCUGUGGACUACCACUCCCAUCGGCCCCAGGCAGCAUGGCCAAUGAUCAGGAAUGAUGGGAGCUGUAGUCUAAAUCAUCUGGGCAACACCACAUGGGUUACCCCUACUGCAAGGGAUAUGUCAGUAUACACCAGGGGUCAGCAAACUUUUUCAGCAGGGGGCCAGUCCACUGUCCGUCAGACCUUGUGGCGGGCCGGACUAUAUUUUUUUGGGAAAAUGAAUGAAUUCCUAUGCACCACAAAUAACCCAGAGAUGCAUUUUAAAUAAAAUGACACAUUCUCCUCAUGUAAAAACACCAGGCAGGCCCCACAAAUAAUGCAGAGAUGCAUUUUAAAUAAAAGCACACAUUCUACUCAUGUAAAAACACGCUGAUUCCUGGACCGUUCGUGUGCCGGAUUUAGAAGGCAAUUGGGCUGGAUCCGGCCCCCUGACCUUAGUUUGCCUACCCAUGGUAUACUUACUCUCUCUCUCUCUCUCUCUCUCUCUCUCUCUCUCUCUCUCUCAAAAAUAUGUGUUUGUUGAGUUUUCAAAAGCAGCAACCUGCAAACAAGAAAAACAAAAUGGGAGCAAAGGACAAGAACUGUGUGGAGCACAUUAUUGCAGUCAGAAUAAAACAAAUAAAGGUUCAGUACACUCUUGCAAAUGCCAUAAUAAAAUAGAUUCCACGAAGGGACAUUUUGGAAGGAAGUGGCACAUAUUGAUAAGGAAGCCUCACCACACAGACAUGGUCAGAGGCAUCAAAUACUUCUGAAGACCAGUUGCUAGAAGCCACAGGAGCUCUUGUGCUCAAAUUAGUUGGCCACUGUGAGAACAGGAUGCUGGGCUAGAUGCGACCUGAUCAUGGAAUCAUAGAACUGUAGAGCUGGAAGGGAUCAUGGGGAUCAUCUAGUCCAACCCCCUGAAAUGCAGGAAUCUUUUGCCCAAUGAGGGGCUUGAAUCCCAUGACCCUGAGAUUAAGCAUGUCAUGCUGUACCAUAUGCACCAUCCCAGAUACAGCAGGUUCUUCUUUAUGCUCCAAUACAUCUUUGCAAAGCAAAUUUUACACUGUUUUCACUAAUAUAUACACUUCUUAUGUGCCCUUUACCCUAGCAUAUGCAUUUUUACACAUUGCUUGCCUGGAGAGCUGCACUAUAAAAGAUCAGAGGAGUGCAGAUUUCAAAGUGUGGCUCUGUUCCUGUUCCUGUAUUGUUCCAGAAAGUUCAGGCCAGAAAGUUCACUUAUAAAUGUGAACAAUACUGAAUUUCUCCUCCAUCUCACCCUUCAGACACUCAGGGUGAAAUUUCUAGCCCUAAAGAACAAGCCAAAGCAUGAGGUUGGAGUUGACUUGUGGGUUGUGUUGCUGAUAGGAUGUGCCUUUUCUUUCCUUGUAGCUCUACGAAAUUCUCCCGUCUGUCAUGAAAUUUCUCCCAGGGCCUCACAAGACCGCAUUGUCCUCCAUGGAGAUGGUCUUUUCAUUUGCGAAGAACGAGAUAGCAAAGCACAAGGAAGACCAGACUGUGCAUGAACCAAUAGACUUCAUUGAUUUCUAUCUAUCUCAGAUGGAGAGGGUAAGGAACUGCUUUGUGGGUGAAUGCUUCUUCUUCAAGGAAUCGUUGCAUUCUCCGUUACGAUCGAACAGUAACAUCUGCGGGACCGCUGGGAAUCCCCCCUGCCCUUAUUAGUCAGCCGCCGUGCAGUGAAAUGGUUGGGGAAAGUAGAUCUUUUCAUAUCCUUGACAGUCUAGGACAGGCUUCCUCAACCUCGACCCUCCAGAUGUUUUGAGACUACAAUUCCCAUCAUCCUUACCUUACCUUACCUUUCUCGUCCUGAUCUGGCCACAGUGAUCCAUGCGACGGUCACUCCAGGCUUGAUUAUUGUAACUUGCUCUGCACGGGGCUUCCCUUGAAGCUGACCCUGAAACUCCAGCGGGAGCAGAAUGCCGCGGGGAGGCUCCUUACGGGGUCCUUGCCGCGGGGUCACAUUCACCCGGUGCUUUACCAACAGCACUGACUCCCGGUGGAGUACAGGGUCAGGUUUAAGGAGCUGGUUUUGACCUUUAAAGCCCUAAGCGGCUGAGGACCCACGUACCUAUGGGACCGCCUCUCCUGGUGUGCCCCGCAGAGGACCUUAAGGUCCACAAAUGAGAACAUUUUGGAGGUCCCAAGUUGCAAGGUGGUUAGGUUGGUCUCAACUAGGGCCAGGGUCUUUUCAGUACUGGCCCUGACUUGGUGGAACGCUCUGUCACAAGAGACUAGGGCCCUGUGGGACUUGACAUCUUUCCGCAGGGCCUGCAAGACAGAGCUGUUCCGCCUGGCCUUUGGUUUGGACUCAGUCUGACCCUUAUGUUUCCCUCCCCUUACGGUUUUGAUCUAUGGGAUCCUUUUAAAAUGAGGCUGCAUUUUAAAUUGCAUUUUAACCUGUAUUUUAAAUUGUUUUUUUCCCCCUAUUAUGAUUUUACUGUAAUUCUACUGGUGUUAUCCGCCCUGAGCCUGGCUCUGGCUGGGGAGGGCGAGGUAUUAAUAACAAUCAUCAUCAUCAUCAUCAUCAUCAUCAUCCCUGACCUACAAUUCCUGCUAGCUAGGGAUCAUGGGAGUUGUAGGCCAAAAACACCUGGAGGGCUGAGGUUGAGGAAGCCUGGUAUAGGAACAUAAUAAGAGCUGCUGGAUCAGGCCAAUGGCUUCUCUAGUCCAACAUCCUGCUUUCACAGUGGCCAACAGGAUGCCUGUGGGAAACUAGCAAGCAGGAUUCAAGCACAAGAGAAACUCUCCCCUCCUGCGAUUUCCAGCAACUAGGAUUCAGAAGCGUUGCUGCCUCCGACCAUGGAGGCACAGCAUAGACAUCCUGGCUAGCAGCUAUUCAUAAAAAGGUAAAGGGACCCCUGACCGUUAGGUCCAGUCAUGACCGACUCUGGAGUUGCAGCGCUCAUCUCGCUUUAUUGGCCGAGGGAGCCGGCAUACAGCUUCCAGGUCAUGUGGCCAGCAUGACUAAGCUGCUUCUGGUGAACCAGAGCAGCGCACAGAAACGCCGUUUACCUUCCCGCCGGAGCGGUACCUAUUUAUCUACUUGCCCUUUGAGUGCUUUCGAGCUGCUAGGUUGGCAGAAGCAGGGACUGAGCAACAGGAACUCACCCCGUCACGGGGAUUCGAACCGCCGACCUUCUGAUUGGCAAGUCCUAGGCUCUGUGGUUUAACCUACAGCGCCACCCAUGUCCCUUAGCAGCUGUUCAUAGUGCUCUUUUAAAGCCAUCUAGGUUAGUAGCAAUUGCUCUCUCUCAUGGGAGGGAGUGCCAUAGCUUACCUAUGUGCAGAGACAGGAAGGCCACCUGCCAUGCAUGAUCUCGUUGAGAUUCCUGCAUUGAAGGGGGUUGGACUAGAUUCUCACAAUAAGAAUGGGUUUUUCCUUCCAGACUGUCAUUGUUGGUUUUUUUUGGAUGGGAUUCAAUCGCAAACAAGCAAAUUUAGGGUGCACAAUUAUAGAGGAUUGUUGGAGGUUUUGAACAAUGAUCUACUCCCCCCCCCAAGAUACGGAAAGUGACAGGGAAUUGCACUUGGAAGUGCGGGGUAACAAUUGCUUCGAUGCAACAGCAUCUAACCUCCUCACAAACAAAUCAGGAUGAAUGCUCAAGGAGCAGGUCAUCUGGAAACUGAUGGAGGUAAGUCUUAGUUGAUUAACUGUAUGCACUUAUCUUGAUUAAUCAAUAAAAUUUACGUACAUAAAUGCAAAAAACAAUAGUUUUGAAGCAAAAAGUAUACUUUUCUGAUUUAGCACAUCUGUGUCACAGCAUGCAUAAUCUCAGGAAAGGCACCCCCUCAUUUAAAGAGGCACUUUGCUGCCUGCAAUUUUUAUUAAUACUUGUAUAUUAUAUGGAAGGCCCAUUUUCCAGGGCUUAUACUGGUGUAAGAUCCACUGGUCUUAGCUUAGCCGACUGGGGCCUGUGAGUCACUGUGAACUGAAUCUAACCUCCGCUAUUGCUUACAACAGAACAAGGAUGACCCCUACUCUACCUACAAUGAGGACAACCUGGCUCAGUGUAUUUUUGACCUCUUUAUUGCUGGAACAGAGACAACUGCUACCUCUCUGCAAUGGGCACUGCUCCUCAUGGCGACACAUCCAGAUAUUCAAGGUGAGAGGGAACUGUGCAAUGGCAGCAAGAGGCCAUUUUGACCUCUUGAUCUUGGACCUGAAUUCCUCUCAGGUUGGCCCCCAUCCAGCCCAUCACUACUUCCAGGCAAACACCUUCAAAACUUCUCUUGAUUCAGAUGGAAUGGAGAGACAGAGCUGUGUGUCACCAGCAUACUGACAGCACCAUGCUCCAGAUCUCUGGAAGAUCCCGGCAGAUCUUGCUGCAAGAGGCUACCCUCCUGAAAAUCAUUAUUCAGGUUUUCCGCCCCAGCAGGUCUAGGUGGAAUACUUUCCUGUGGAACAAAUACCCCUUAAUGAUUGAUCAACUUGUUUCACUUGAGAUGUUUCAUCCGAAACAAAGCUUAAUUCUCCACCAUUUUCCUCAGAGAAAGUCUACCAAGAGAUGGAAGAUGUUUUCGGUUCAUCUCACUCAAUCCGCUAUCAAGAUCGGAAGAAGCUGCCCUACACCAAUGCUGUGAUUCACGAGAUCCAGCGUUCAAGAUAUAUCUUAUUAUUUGGGGUUCCAAGGCAAACCGUGAAGGAUGUGAACUUGCACGGUUUUCACAUUCCAAAGGUAUAGAUGACUGUAACAGCUUCAUUUCUAUAGCUCAGAGGGAAGGUCACAAGAUCACAAGAGAGGCAGGUUGCCUUGUAGUGCAAAUUCUGAAGAAAGUAACUAUAGCUCCUUCCAUUUCCAAAAAAAGGAGGGGAGUUCCUGCAGGGACAUCUUGCGCUGUGUCCUCCAGAUGUGGACCACAACUCACAUUAUCCGUGACCCCCAUCAUUGAUCUAUGUUGGCAGGGGCUGUUGGGAGUUGUAAUCCGCAGCAGGAGUGGUUGGUGAGCAGAGGUGCAGCUGCACACCUAGCCUCCCAGCAGCAGAGUUGCUCCUGCUUCCUGGGAGGAAGAGGGAUGAGAUGACAGGGGAGAUAGCAUCUGCACAGGCACAUUGGAGGGAGUGCCCCAGAAACGCACAGGAUCGCUUCUGCGGAGCUUCUUCACAAUUUGCAUCCUUCCAUCAGCACUCAAGACUUUUAAAUUCAUGAAAUGCAAAUCUGAAAAUUCAUAAUUUUUAAAGAAAGAAAAUGCAAUUCUUCAGUUCCAGCAGAAUGAAGCUUGUAUGUAAAGAUUAGUGGAAAUAAUAAUAAUAAUAAUAAUAAUAAUAAUAAUAAUAAUAAUAAUGAUGAUGUUUGUACCCCGCCCAUCUGGCUGGAUUUCCCCAGCCACUCUGGGUGGCUCCCAACAGAUUAAAAACAGAAUAAAACAUCUAACAUUAAAAACUUCCCUAAACAGGGUUGUCUUCAGAUGUCAUCUAAAAGUCAGAUAGUUGUUUAUUUGCUUGACAUCUGGUGGGAGCGUGUGCCACAGGACAGCUGCCACUACCGAGAAGGCCCUCUGCCUGGUUCCCUGUAACCUCACUUCUUGCAGUGAGGGAACUGCCAGAAGGCCCUCGGAGGUGGACCUCACUGAGCGAUGCGGGUGGAAAAUGGGGGAACUGAAGGGCAAAAGUGCAAUGUUCUGUUUAGAUGACUCCUGAGACAAGUCUUCCUUCCCUGCAGGGGGCUGUGAUUGCUCCGGAUCUCCGCUCUGUUCUUCUUGAUCCUAAGGAAUGGGCAACACCUAAAAAGUUCAACCCAAAUCAUUUUUUGGAUGAGGACGGGCAGUUUGUGGACAGAGAAGCGUUUCUGCCAUUUGGUGCAGGUAUGUGCAAGAAGCCCCAGCUGUCGCAUUCAGACAACACUUUAUUCCAUUUUCUUGAUGUUUUCUUAUCAGAUGAUUUUCACAUUCUGUGUGAUCUUCCACACAACAUAAAUGCCACUUCUGGAGAUGUAGUGGAAUCUAGUGGAAGUUUAGCGCUCGUUUCAAUUUGUUUCCGGAAAGCAACUUGUUCUCAGCUCUGUUAGCACGGAAAAUAGAGCCACAAAAUUUGGGGUGCUAUUCCAACAUACAGUUCUCUCCCACCAUUUUCCUUGGUGCAUCAUGGCAGAACAGAAGCGCACAUGCGCCCUAAAGACUAGCAUUGGAUACAACCCAAUAAAAAUAAUUAUAAUAAGUACCGUAUUUUUCGCCCUAUAGGAUGCACUGCCCCAUAAGGCGCACCUAGUUUUUUUGGGGGGAAAUAAAUGGGAAAAAAAUUAUUUCCCCCCCAGGCGCGGGGCUGGGGCGGGGGAAGCCCGACCUUCCCCCAACCCCAGCCCCCAAACAGGAAGCUCUCUGCAAGCCGUGGGAGCCCAGCGCCAGCUCCCGCCGCUUGCUGAGAGGUGCGCGAAGCCUGGACGCGCUGAGCUCAGCGCGCGCAGGCUUCAGCAUGCAGGCAACUCUCCGCAAGCCGCGGAGCCCAGUGUCGGCUCCCGCGGCUUGCGGAGAGCUGCGUGAAGCCUGGAGAGCGAGAGGGGUCGGUGCGCACCGACCCCACUCGCUCUCCAGGCUUCAGCGAAGCCUGCAUUCGCCCCAUAGGAUGCACACACAUUUCCCCUUCAUUUUUAGAGGGGAAAAAGUUCUUCGUAUAGGGCGAAAAAUACGGUAUUAUUAUUAGUAAUAACUAGUAUCAUUCGUAAAAACAAUGGUAAUUAUUAAAUACUACUAUUAGCACUACUAGCUAAUGAUAGAGAUUUUAGCAUACAGUUUAAACAUGUAAUUUUAGUAUGUAUAAUUCUUUUUAAAUUACUGGUUUGAUUCUUUAUAUUGCCUUCUUUAUGAACCUUGUUUUCCGUGUUUGCUUUUACUGGUAUUUUUAAUGAACACUUUAGAUUGUCUUUUGUAAGCCGCUUAGAGGUAUUUCGUUUGAGGAAGCAACUAAAGCAACUUUUACUAGACUCAGGAAUUAGGGGAGAUCUGGCCUCCCGCAAACCCAUAACAAUACUUAAAAGGGAGAUUUAAAUAAACACAUUACUGAAAUAAAAGAAGUGACCAGUCCUGAUCUCAUGCUGAGCCUAGUAUUGGCAGCCCCUGGAAUAAAGCCCACUUUCUCAGUGACAUCCCGACACCCCAAAGUUGAAAGGGAGGCAUGGGGGGCUCGGGAAUCGUAGAAAGAGGAGUUGCUGCAGGAUGCUUUCAUAGACUGAAUGAGGCCUUGACCCAGAUUCUUUUCUCAGAGUCAAAGCAAAUUGGUGCCCCUGGAGUAUAGGUGGAAUAGCAGAUAAUUCAGUUCCUGCUUUCCUCUUUCUUUAUUUUCCUGCAGGUGCUCGGGUGUGUCCAGGGGAGCAACUGGCAAAGAUUGAGCUCUUCAUCUUUUUCACCAGCCUGCUGAGAGCAUUCAGGUUCCAGCUGCCAAAAGGAGUGAGAGGAGUCCAUAGGAAGCCUAUAAUAGGGCUGACGGUCCGUCCUCACCCCUACAAACUCUGCGCUGUUCCCCGCUGCAGCCACAUAAACAAUUAG